ACUUCUGUACUGUAUUCUGUACUUUCCAUUUAUAAGAAGUCAUUUUGCUCCUGGAAUGCAGCAAUGUCUGUGUGUGUACACUGAGCUCUUCCUUCAGAUAAAGAAUUUUGGUGCCGCACUCCAUCUCGGGUUAGAGGGGACACACUGGAUCCUGUGCUGAGAAGGGGCCACGACUGAGAUCUGCUGGGAUUGGGACAAGGUCUCCUGGAGUAAAGGCUAACAGUCUCGAAGCCAUGGAGGGCAGUGGAAGAGCCAUUCGAGCCAUAGAUCAUCUAAGGAACGUACAAGGGGAAAGAUACGAUGAACUGCUGUUACAGUUAAACUUUAAAGACUAUAAGACCAAUAAACUAACACUUCAGCAAGUCCUGUCCAUUGGAUAUGAGGUUCUGAGAAGCCCCGACCUUCAUGAUCCAAAUGGAGAAGCAUGGAGUUUCAUUAGAAAACUUAUUGCAUUGGAUGAAACUGCUAGAAACACAAGAACACAUAGUUCUGAUUUAUCCAGUGGAAGACCUGUGGAAAAUCCUCAUAAUGAUGAUGAGGAUUUUGACUAUAAUCCUUGGAGCCAGCAUUCAUGUUCUGUCCACCCGCUUGAUGUGCUUUGUGCUGUUCUGCACUGCUCAGAUCAUUUUUUGCAGCAGGAAAUAAUUUCGAAAAUGUCCAUGUGCCAAUUUGCUGUCCCUCUGUUGCUCCCUUCUGGGGAAGGUAAUCAGUUCACUAUCAUGUUGUGGACCAUGAGAGAUAUUGUGAAGAGAUGGAGACCUCAGUCACAAAUAAUUAUGAAGACAUUUAAAGAGGACAGCUUGGUUCACAUAGCCAUGCCAAUAGUCUCAAUUGUGAGACUCGGAAAAUGUAAUUUAUCCAAGUCUAGAAUCUUUAAUCAAGUACUUAGCCCCACUUAUAUGUUUCAUGAUUUCUUUGUGCAUCGGGAUCAGGAGUGUGGAUACUCUCCAAAGGAAAUUUCAGAUGGAUUAGUGGAAAUAGCUUGGUAUUUUCCAGUGGGGAGAAAAAAUUCUGAUAUUUUCCCAGAACCCAUUGCCGUUACUAAUCUUCGGGGGGAUCUUACGUCAAACAACGAUCAGUUGUGUUUCAUGGCACAGGUGUCUUCUGCUGUGUUUGUGUUUACAGAAGAUAUUGAUGAGAAAAAAUAUACAUUGCUGCUAAAUUCUACAAAAACAAUCCCAAACUGUUAUUUUGUUAUCUGCCCAGCCGAUGGCAAACGUGCCAGUAAGGAAACCAAAACAUUGCUUGGCAAAUUAUGCUUGGAAUUAAAUUUAAAAAAAACAAAUAUAUUUGUGAAAGACCCGGAGAUUAAUGAAGCUGCACUGGUGAAACACCUACAAAAUGUCAUUACAAAUGUUAUGAGAAAGUCACCCAAACCGAUCAGACUAGAGGACAUGGUAGAAAUUGCCCAUAAAUACAAUUUUAAAGUAGAUGAAAAUGCCAAGGAGUGUCAGAGAGCAAAACAACUCGUUCUGGAGAUUACCAAUAAAAUAAAUGACAUUGCCCAAUACAAAAAGGAAACAAUGAAGCUCCAGGAUAAGAUUUGGAAACAAGUGACUAAAAAUGAGAAAGAGCUGUGCAGAAUGAGGGAACAAGGUGAUAAGAACAGCGAGAACUACAGGUCAGACCUAAUAAAAAGAAAUUUAGAACUUCGAAGAGCACAAAAUCAACACAGUCUUCCAAAUGGAAUCCAUAAGUUUGGGGAGGCUGUUAAUGACUUGGCAUAUACAGAAAAACUUUACUUUCUCAAAUGGAUGAAAUUCGAACUAGGCUCCAUUGGCAGGAAAACGUUGUCCGUAUUACAAAAUGAAUACAAGAAGAAGUGCAACAUUGUAACCAGCAUGGCUCAACUUACUAUUUUAGAUCAGGACAUUUCUGAAAGUUCACUAGGAAUUGAACAUUUUCUACGUGAGUUAGGUCAGUUUUAUGAAGCAGAAUGGUCUAUGGUAAAAGAUGGAACUUUAAAGAUGAAGCAGAAAAGAUUCAGUAAUCUCCCAGGAGUAGCAGCAGAUCUGCUACUGGAUGGGUUCCCUUUGGAGCUAAUGGAUGGUGAUGCCUCCAAUAUACCCCUGCAGUGGGUUACAGAUGUCUUGACUGAGCUGGAUAAUAAAACAGGAAAGAAAUGCAGAAUGAGAGUAAUCACAGUGCUGGGAGUGCAGAGCACUGGGAAAUCCACCCUCCUGAACACCAUGUUUGGCUUGCAGUUCCCUGUGGCUAGUGGACGAUGCACACGGGGAGCCUUUAUGACAUUUAUCAAAGUAAAGGAAGACUUCCAAAAGGAGCUGGACUGUGAAUUUAUUCUAGUGAUUGACACUGAAGGUUUAAAAGCCCCAGAGCUGGCCUCAAUUGAUGAAAGUAAUGAGCACGACAACGAGUUAGCAACUCUAGUUGUGGGAUUGAGUGAUAUCACUAUAAUUAACAUGGCCAUGGAAAACACCACAGAAAUGAGAGAUACGCUGCAGAUUGUGGUCCAUGCGUUCCUUAGGAUGAAAGAAGUAGGAAAGAAACCCAACUGCCAGUUUGUGCAUCAUAAUGUGAGUGAUGUUUCUGCCUAUGCAAUGACCAUAAGGGACAGAAAGAAACUCUUAGAGCAGUUGGAUGAAAUGACAAAGGCUGCAGCAAAAAUGGAAAAGAGAGGUGGAAUCACUGCAUUUAGUGAUAUCAUGACCUAUGACCUUGAAGACAAUAGCUGGUAUAUUCCUGGGCUGUGGCAAGGAGUGCCACCCAUGGCUCCUAUUAACUCCGGAUACAGUGAAAAUAUCUCUAUACUGAAAAAGUAUAUGUUUGACUAUAUGAAAAAUAAGUUUAAAGCGCAGAAACCCCAGAAUAUUUAUUCAUUUCUCGAGUGGGUAAGAAGCUUGUGGAAAGCAGUGAAACAUGAAAAAUUCCUUUUCAGUUUCAGAAACAGUUUGGUGGCUGAAGCUUACGACCAGCUUUCCAGAAAAUACUCCGAGCUCGAAUGGACCUUCCGCAAGGAGAUGUACAACUGGAUGAUUGGAACAGAAAACGCAAUCAAAAACCAGGAAACCGAACUCACGACUGAUACAAUAAAUGGCUAUGGAUAUUCAAUGAGCGAAGCUCUACAGAAAGGGGAGAAAAACAUGUCAGAAUUGUUGGAAGCGUAUUUUGAAAGUGGGUCUGAUAAUAUAAAUCUUGUAGAGAAGUAUAAAGAAGAUUUCUUCAAAAGUAUAAAAAGUCUAAAAAAAGAGCUUGAGAGAGGUUUAAGCUCAAAGCUUUCGGAGGAUGUACGUAUUCAAAAAGUGAUGUGCGCGAUACUGGAAAAAAAAAAGGGCUACAUUAAGGCAAUUGAAGGCAAAGUUGACUCACUUCUUGAAAACUGUAAGAGGAGGCAAGUUAGUCCUAGUGACAUGGAUCUUAAAUCUGAAUUUGAUACCAUGUGGCAAAGUACAAUAGCAGGCAUGGCUUUAAGGCCUUUAGAAAGGAAUAAUGUUGGCCAAAGCAUGCUCCAGCAGUUAAAAAAAGAGAUGGGCAACAAGAGUGGUUAUAUAAAUAAAAUGCUAGUUGGGAUAAAUCAUCUUUCAGACUCAAAAGGCCCCUUUGUAAUAAAAGACAAGUACAUUGAUUUAGCCUGGUAUGAGAAUUGUGAGAAAACGGUGUCGUUUAAAGUGGCAGGCCUUAAAGACUAUUACAAACAGGAUUAUUGCUAUAAAAUAAAGAUACUUGUAGACGUCUUAAUGAGUAGAUGCAAUAGUUAUGUGGCAAAUAAAAUCAACACAAAACAGAACUACCACGAGACAUUCUGCCAGGAGUUGCUGAAUAUGGUCAUUGAGGAGCUUGAGAAGAAAGAAAUACAAAAUAUUCACAUCACAGACUGUUUGGAAUUAGACUUGAAGCUCCGCAUCUUAGGGACAGCGGCACCGAGGUUCCAGAAGAUGCACGAUGCUUUCCUCCAAAGCAACGAUCCUGUGGAAUGUCUGAAAUCCUUAAAAUCACAGUAUUUCCUGACCUUCAAAAACAUAUUUCAGGAGAAAGACCAAUGCCAGAACAGGGCGAAACAAUUCUGUGAGCAGUGCCUCAGGCCGGCCUUAGUGAUACAUAUUAAGAGCCAUCUAGGCAAUGAAAUUGUCAGUGAUAUUCUAACAAGUAUUGAUUCCAUAAAAUAUAAAAGCAGGAUGUUUUUUCAGUACACCGUACUAAAAGAACUGUUGGAAGAUAAGAAAUUUGAUCAGUAUGUAAGAUAUAUAAAUAAUUAUGAGUUAUUUGUAAAAAACUGGAUACUAACCUACAUUAAAGACAAAUACAGAACAUCUGGAGAGAUAGAAAUGUUGCAAAGACGCAUUCUGUCCUGUGUUAUGAAGAAACUCAAGGCUCAUCUUCAAGACUCCAAUAUUCUCCAAAAUACCAGUGUGUCUGACUUUUUGGCCAAAAUCGGUGAAAAAUUAAAGACGGAACUAGUGUUUUCUCAAAAUGACCUGAACGUUGUCCUUUAUCAAAAUUCUGCAUCUGUUAAGCAGUUUUCUACUGACAUUCAGAGCUUCCUUAAUAUGUUGGAAUGCGAAAUAAUAUCAGAAGGGAAAGGUCUGAGUGUGCAGUCAAUACUCGAUGAUGCCACGGUAAAACCCGAGGAUGAAUUAUUCAGGAAGGUGUUUGGCUGUGGGAAGCAGUGUCCCUUCUGCAAGGUCCCCUGUGAGGCUGGAGCUGAUGACCAUAAGGACCACUUUGCAUCUGUCCAUCGUCCACAGGGUCUUGGAAGAUACAGGUCUGUAGCCACAGGUAUUCUCUGCUGCUCUUUGUGCUCCACAGAUGUGUUGACAAAUACAUCGUUCAGGAAUUCCGAUACAAAUUGGAAAUCCCAUCCCUACAAAGAAUACCGAACUUUCUACCCUGACUGGGCCAUCCAUGCAGAUAGCAGUAUAAAUGCAUCCGAUUACUGGAAGUUCAUUUUAAAAGAGUUUAAUCAGCAGUUUGCAAAUGAAUACAGAGCUAAGCCGGCAGAAAUUCCAGAAGAUUGGAAUAGAAUAACUGAAGAGCAAGCACUUCAAAGCCUGAAGGAGACUUUCUGUAUGAAAUAAUAAAAUGAUGAAAAUGGUUAUAUGGCAAAGUGUCAUUACAGAAGGAUUUUGUAUCAUGUGAUUUCCAGUUAACCAUAUCUACCUCCCCUACGAAAUCUGUAACGUAUGUAAUAUUAUGUAGAGCUAACACAAUUGCCUUCAUAUAUUGUCAGUAGCUAAGCAAAUCACAAAUGACUAACUUGUAUUUGUGCUUUGUACAGAAUUAUAGACCGACCAUGUGACGGCCUAAGAAUCAAAAUACAUAACAAGUUUUUAAAGGGCACAUAGGAGGUUAUAAAGGUUUUGGAUAUUGCAUUAUGGACAACAGUCCAUUAAAAGAUGUUUUUUGUACUGAUUUAAUGAAAAUUUUACCCAAAAACCUUAUUUACACCAGCCAGACUUUCUACUUAAUGCUGGCUGAUUUGCCAACUGUUCAGUAGAGCUGACAGAACUCAGAACUUUGCACUGUUGGAUGCUGGUCAAUCCAUUUUUUGUUAUGUGGGCUGCCAACAGCUAGGUGGACCUGAAAAGGAACUGCAAUUAUUUUUUUAUGUGUGAGGGCAGAGCUCUGAUUGGCUACCCACAUACUACUUUGUUUUGGGAGAAGGACGAUUAGGACAUGCUCACUGCUCAUUUCUAACACAGGGACCAUAGAGGUUCUAUGGGGCUCCAUAUCAUUUUUGAGGAUAACACUCCUUUUACCCUAAAUUUAAAUCACGUUCUAUAUCACAAGGGAGUCUUGUAAAAAUGCUAUUUUCCCCCUUUAAAUUUUUCUUCCAGUUUUCAGUGAUUCAAAGUAAAAAGGGCUUAAUUGCUUGUUUGUCUGUAAUUCCAAGUAUGUUUCCUUUGAAGACAUUGAUUAUGAUGAUGAUGAUGAAUAAAUUAUUUCUUUCCCCAAAAAAAGUUUAUUCCUUUUUGUGCAGCAAACUGGAAAACAUUUCCAUUAAACAAAGUGGGAAUGAAUCCU